AUGAACAUUAAAUUGCCACCCGAUAUGAUGCCACGAAAUAAUUUGGAAGCCUCUACUUGUAAAAUGGCAGAGCCAUUUAAUUUUGAGAAACAGGAAAGCAAGCUUCCACCCCAGGAUUCACUAAGAAGCCCUGUAGCACAGCAUAACCAUCCCAACUUCAGGCUGAAAAGCCCAGAGAAUGGAAAUAAAAAGAACAGUUUCUUGCUUUGUGAGCAAAGCAAACAGUAUUUAACUAGUCAGGAAGAUAAUUUGGUGGUCUCUUCAAAUGCUGCUUGCAUCAAUGGAGAAGUAGGUGGGUCCAAAGGAGAGAGGAAGGCAUUACCAACAGGAAACCCAGUGUCACCAUUAAGUCUUGGAAACAGUUCACCACCCAACCAAGUAAAAACUAAGCCCAGCAAUAAUGAGUCUCCUGAAAAAACAAAAAAGUCCCACAAGCUGUUUGAGAAUGCCUUGUCUGUAAACAAUCCAGCACUCUUCAGCUCUUUAGGACCACCCCUGCGGUCAACAACCUGCCACCGCUGUGGCCUGUUUGGGUCGCUGAGGUGCUCGCAGUGCAAGCAGACAUACUACUGCUCUACAGCGUGCCAGAGGCGGGACUGGUCCUCCCACAGCACCAUCUGCAGGCCCGUGCAGCAAAGUUUGCACAAGCUUGAAGAUAAUAAGUUACCAUAUGAAACAAAGAGCAUUGAAGUGAAAAAUGAGAGCGAUUGUCCCCUUGGAAUUCCUGAAGAAAUGACUACUAGUGCUGAACGAGUGAUGUUCUCUGAUUUGAGAAGUCUCCAACUCAAGAAAACCAUGGAAAUAAAGGGCACAGUUACUGAAUUCAAGAACCCAAGUAACUUUUACGUCCAGUUGUAUUCUUCAGAAGUUUUAGAAUACAUGAACCAGCUCUCUGCAAGCUUGAAGGAGACCUAUGCAAACACAGUACCUGAAGAUGGCUACCUUCCUGUGAAGGGGGAAGUUUGUGUCGCCAAGUACACGGUUGAUCAGACCUGGAACAGAGCGAUAAUACAAGGCAUUGAUGUGCUACAGAAGAAGGCUCAAGUCUUAUACAUUGAUUAUGGAAAUGAGGAAGUAAUUCCCAUAGACAGAAUUCACCAGCUAAGCAAGAGCAUUAACCUGUUUCCUCCUUCCGCGAUAAAGUGCUUUGUGGCAGGUGUCAUCCCCGCUGAGGGUGAGUGGAGCGGAGACUGUGUCGCAGCUGUCAAGGCACUACUUCUGGAGCAGUUCUGCUCAGUCAAGAUCGUGGAUGUCUUAGAGGAGGAAGUGCUCACCUGUGCCGUUGAUGUUGUGCUGGAAAGUUCGGGUAAAGAUGAGAGUCUGCCAUGCUGUUUAGUUCUUAAGGGGUGGCUGUUGUGGCCCGGCAUGUCUCAGUCCCAAACCACAGAAGCCAUGAGACAUAGCGCUGCUGAGGACAUUGGAAGAGUGACCCCUGAGAGCAAGGUCGCUAUAGACAGAAAUGCCCUGAUCCCCAAAGUGCUGACCUUGAGCGUGGGUGACGAGUUCUGUGGAGUGGUGGCCCACAUCCAGACCCCAGAGGACUUCUUUUGUCAGCAGCUGCAGAGUGGCCACAAGCUUGCAGAGCUUCAGGAAUCCCUCAGUGAAUACUGUGGCCAAGUGACUCCACGCUCUGAUUUUUAUCCAACCAUCGGCGAUGUGUGCUGUGCUCAGUUCUCAGAGGAUGACCAGUGGUACCGCGCCUCGGUUCUGGCCUAUGCUUCUGAGGAGUCUGUCCUGGUUGGAUAUGUCGAUUAUGGAAACUUUGAAAUUCUUAGUUUGAAAAGACUUUGUCCCAUAAUUCCAAAGUUGUUGGACUUGCCGAUGCAAGCUCUGAAUUGUGUGCUGGCAGGAGUGAAGCCAUCAUUAGGAAUUUGGACUCCAGAAGCCGUUUGUCUCAUGAAAAAGAUUGUGCAGAACAAAAUGGUCACAGUGAAAGUGGUGGACAUGCUGGGGACCAGGUCUGUGGUGGAGCUGGUAGACAAGUCAGUGACACCUCCCGUCAGCACUUCAAAAGCUCUCAUAGACUCGGGCUUUGCUGUUGAGGAGAAGGAGACGGCAGCAGACAAAAACAACACUGUGCACACAGCCAGCGUCCCCUUGGCCAUAGAAGAAACAGUGGAGCCAUUGGAGUGGACAUGGGUUGAGUUCACCGUGGACGAGACCGUGGAUGUGAUGGUCUGUAUGAUGUACAAUCCUGGGGAGUUUUAUUGCCACUUUCUUAAAGAUGAUGCUCUAAAGAAACUGGAGGAACUGAACACAUCCUUAGCAGAGCAUUGUGCACAGAAGCUGCCAGAUGGCUUCAAGGCAGAGCUGGGACGGCCUUGCUGCGCGUUUUUUGCAGGUGAUGGCAACUGGUACCGGGCUCUGGUAAAGGAGAUUUUACCAAGUGGAAAUGUUAAAGUGCGCUUUGUGGAUUAUGGCAACGUCGAGGAAGUCACCACAGACCAGCUCCAGGCAAUAUCGCCACAGUUGUUACUACUUCCGUUUCAAGGGAUACAGUGCUGGCUAGUAGAUAUACAGCCCAAAAACAAACAUUGGACACAGGAAGCUACAGCAAGAUUUCAGGCGUGUGUUGUGGGGCUCAAACUGCAAGCCAGAGUUGUGGAAAUCACUGAGAAGGGGGUGGGAGUUGAACUCACCGACCUUUCUACUCCCUAUCCCAAAAUAAUUAGCGAUGUUCUCAUCACAGAACACUUGGUUUUAAAAUGUGGUUCACCACAGAAGGAGCCUUCGAUUUGCAGACUUGCUAAUAAACAUAACCAGGUGGACACCCAGGGGGUGCAAGCCCUCCCAUCAGUGGAACAGUGGAGGACGGUAGAACUGCCACUGAACAAGACUGUGCCAGCAAAUGUGCUAGAAAUCAUAACCCCAAACUUGUUUUAUGCCAUCCCCAGCGAAAUGCCAGAAAAUCAAGAGAAGCUGUGUGCGUUAACGGCAGAAUUGUUAGAACACUGUAAUGCUCAGAAAGUCCAGCCAUCCUACAGACCACGGGCGGGAGAAGCAUGCUGUGCCAGAUUCACAAGUGAUGACCUCUGGUACCGGGCCAUAGUCCUGGAAGCAUCAGACUCUGGUGUGAAAGUACUGUACGCAGACUACGGAAACAUGGAGACCCUUCCUCUCUCCAGAGUGCAGCCAAUCCCCGCCAGCCACCUGCAGCCCCCCUUCCAGAUCAUUAGAUGCUCACUCGAGGGGCUGAUGGAACUGAACGGAAGCUGUUCGCAGCUAGUGAUGGAACUACUGAAAAAUGCCAUGCUGAAUCAGAGCGUGGUUCUUUCUGUGAAGGGAAUUUCAAAGAAUGUCCACACAGUGUCAGUUGAGAAGUGCUCUGAGAAUGGUAUGGUCAGUAUCGCCGAGAAGCUGCAGAUGUGUGGUCUAGCAGAAAAGCCCACGUCGAAACAGAAAUGUGCUUCGGUGGCAGAAAGAACACACAAGGACUGUUGCUGCACAGAGUUACAGAAACAGAUGGAAAAACAUGAACAGAUUCUUCUCUUCCUCUUAAACAAUCCAACCAACCAAAAUAAAUUCAUAGAGAUGAAAAAGCUGCUGAAAAGCUAA